AUGGAUCCCAUGGAGCAGAUGGCCAACGGCCCCAGCGGCCCGUUGCCCAAGGACUUCAACCCCGAGGAAGCGGGUAACAGCGAGGAUAUGGAGAAGCAGUUUGCAGUCAAGGUCGUCCAGCACAUGUCGACCUACUGGUCUAUCCUCGAGCGCGUCAGGGGCUCGUCGCUGCGCCUCACCAAGCUCGACGACGAGAUCUACACCCACCUCAUGCUCACAUUCCCCGACUUUGACCCCGCCGCCACGAUUAACGAGGACGAGAUGAAGUCGAAAGCAGGCAAGGAAAAGUGGCGCCCGUUCAUGAUGGCGUACGAGAAGAGGGUGGACGACUACAACUUUGGUACCAUGGUGCGGAACCACCCCGGGAAGGAGUACGACCAGGACACGACCAUCUUCGUGCCGCGCAUGCAGUUCUAUGCCAUUGAGAUUGCAAGGAACAAGAAGGGGCUGAAUGACUGGAUCUUUGAGAAGGCCGAGAAGGAGAGGCAGGCGAAAUAA